AGAUUCCCCAUCCGGUACGGUCACCUGACGUCACCAAUCUCGGCAAAACUGGCAGCGGCCCCUUGUGCCCCCCGCCCGCGGAGGAACUUGAUCCCAGAACUUUCCUCUUGUUUUUCCUUCUCCAUUUUGUCGUCUUCUGUCGCGAGUGGACGUCGGUUUGAAGCGGGCACGAGCGUCGGUGCGCGCGCGCGCGCGAGUGAGCGGCCGGGGCUCAAAGUGCGCUUCUCGUGCACAAACAAACAAACAAACAAACAUGCCCGGGCUGGCCGUGAGGCUCGUGCUCGUCGCGGUACUCGCCCGGGACGCCUGGUGUGUCAUCGGCGGCGUGACGUUCAGCCGGCACCCGAGCAACCGGACGGCGUCUCAGGGCAACGGAGUUCGUCUGGGCUGCGCCGUGGAGGGCCUGGACGAGCCCGACGUGGUUUGGAUGAAGGACGGCGCGCGGCUCCUCGGCAGCGACCAGAUGUUCAUCGCGCUCGGGGAGAAACAUUGGGAGACCUACCACAGUGUGAAGUCGGUCCAGCAGCAGGAUGCGGGUCAGUACUGGUGCGAGGUGGACUUCCACGGUCGGACUUUCGCAUCCGAACGGGCCUGGAUCACGGUUGAAGGCGUCCCGCAUUUUGUCCGGGAACCGCAGGACGUGGCCACGCUUCCCGGCGAACCCUUCAACCUGACCUGCAGCGCGGUCGGACCGCCCGAGCCCGUGGAGGUUUUGUGGUGGCUGGGAGGCAUCCGGGAAGGAGGCGCCACACCGUCCCCCUCCGUCCUUCGGGUCUCGGGUGUCAACAACACGCUGAAGUUCUACUGUGAGGCCCGGAACGCCCGCGGAAUCUCUGUAUCCAGAACCGGCACAGUCUACAUCAAAGCGUUGCCGGCAGCUCCCGUUGGACUGAAGGUUGCUGAGAUGUUGGGCAAUGAUGCCUUGUUGUCAUGGCAACCAGGAUUCACGGGUCACUCCGAGCUUUCCGCCUGCGUUGUCCAGCUGCAGCGCGUGUCUCCCGGUGGCGUCGUCUUCCCCGAGUCUCCGGUGCCCGUCCCUCCUCACGCGCACGUCCUCCCCGGUCUGACCCGCCACUCAAACUACAGCGUGCGUGUGGCCUGUCUCAACGAGGUGGGGGCGUCGCCCUUCUCCGCCUGGACGCGCUUCCUCACGCCCGAGUCAGUACCCUCGGUGGCCCCUAGGAACUUGACCUUCGACUCGUCCCGGCAGCGGCUGAGCCUCGAGUGGGCGGAGCUCCGGGGGGAGGAGCUUCAGGGAGAGCUGCUGGCCUAUAAGGUGCAAUGGAUUCUGGCCGGGGAGCAACAGGAGCCGCUGCUCUUCAAGGAACCGUGGGCCCGCUUGUCGGGCGGCAGUCGCUUCUUCAAUGCGUCCGUCCGGGUGUCGGCCUGCACGGCUGUCGGAUGCGGACCCUGGAGUCCCCCGGUUGUGGUUCUGCCCGCUGCGGGUGGCCGCUCUGCGUCUGCGGGCGCCUCCGUGGAGCGGAACCACCUUUGGGUGGGUAUUCUUUUCGCCCUUCUGGCGCUGACCGUGUCGGCGCUGCUUUUUUCCGUCUUUGCUCGACGGCGUGGGAAGGAAAGGCACUUUGGUUGGGUUUUCCCGCCUGCCGGCACCGACACUCCCGUCUCCUUCACGGCCGCUCGCUCCUUCAACAGAAACGCCGGCGACCCGCAUUUUUCCACGCUGGGCAGUCUGGGUAUCAGUGAGGAUCUCAAGAACAAACUGAAGGACGUUCUCAUCCCAGAGAGGCUGCUGACGCUCGGACACAUGCUGGGCAAAGGUGAGUUUGGCUCGGUGCGCGAGGCCUCCCUGAAGACGGACGACUCCCGGGUCCAGAAGGUGGCGGUCAAGGUUCUGAAAUCUGACAUCACCUCGUCAGGUGACAUCGAACAGUGCCUGAAGGAGGCGGCCUACAUGAAGGACUUCCAUCACCCCAACGUCAUCCAGCUCAUUGGAGUGAGUCUGCACCGACGUCACGCUCGGCGUUUGCCCGUCCCCAUGGUGGUCUUACCCUUCAUGAAGCAUGGAGACCUGCACACAUUCCUGCACCUGUCCAGACUCGGUGACUGGCCCUUUGACUUGUCCGCCCCCGUGCUGGUUCGCUUCAUGUUGGACGUGGCUCGCGGGAUGGAAUACCUGAGCGCUCGGAACAUCAUCCACAGAGACCUGGCGGCCCGCAACUGCAUGCUGGAUGAGAACAUGGUGGUGUGCGUGGCAGACUUUGGCCUCUCCAAGAAGAUCUACUCAGGAGAUUAUUACCGACAAGGAUCUGUCUCUAAGCUUCCCGUCAAGUGGAUCGCUUUGGAAAGCUUGGCCGACAACGUCUACACUACGCAGAGCGACGUGUGGGCCUUUGGCGUCACCAUGUGGGAGGUGAUGACCCGCGGCCAGACGCCGUAUCCUGGCGUGGAGAACUCCGAGAUCUACGAGUACCUGAUUCGAGGAGAACGCCUCAAAAAACCUGCCGAGUGCAGACAAGACAUCUACGACGUGAUGCACAGCUGCUGGAGUCCGGUGCCCAAAUGUCGGCCUACGUUCCAGCAUCUGGCGAUCCUACUGGAGGAACUGCGGCUCAGCUUUUUGUGCGCACCCCUGUACAAGGAGUCCUUACACUACGUCAACCUGGACGGGGAGGGGCGGGAGGGAAACAUGGCCCCCGAGUCGCGGCGGGCUGACGGCCGGAGCGCCCCCUGGAUGCGGGGUGCCGAGACCGACGAGCUGGAUUGGCUUCCGGCGGCUUCCGGCGCCGCCACGGCCAUCGGCGGCGGAGACUACAGGUACAUGGAGGGCCUCGGCGGAUGUGCUCGAGGGGGCCACGGGGCGGGCGUGGACAGACUGGAUGAGGACGACGACGCCGUCAUUCAUGUGUGACCUGAUAGGACAGCGCUUGAGACAAGAAACGCUGACCGCAAACUUGAGUUCUGCACACUUCCCGUCGCAUUUUUUUUAACAUGCCGGUUAAUGUGAAUGUGUCGUGUCCUGACAAAUUAAACCUCCCGCAGACA